AUGUUUCUCGACUUUAUAACCACCUUUGACAAGUCCACCCAGGCAUCCCCGUGGUUGGACGCAAUCAACCUCGCGUCAAUAGGACUCAGUCUCGUCCCUCACUUGUCCAUGAUCGUCGGCAUCGCAAUCCAGGUCUCCGUCAUGGCUGCCAAAGACGUCCAGAACAGAGCCAGGACGAACUCGUUCCUAGACAAGGCGCACGUCUUCACGCCUCGUGGCCUCUACUGCACCAUCAUGACCUACAGCCCCGAACAAGAUGACCGAGACGACAACAACAACAGCCGCCGUCUGGCUGGCGCAGCAAAUGUGUCGGCGGCGAUUGCGUCCAAAGCGAGCAGCAGCACGAGUCUGCAAGCACAGUUUCCGUGA